AUGUCGGUCCCUUCAACGUUUGAUGCAGUGAGAUCACACCUCGCUCAAGUCCAGGAGAACCCCUCCGUCGCCUUGGACAUUCCUCUCAUCGACAAGUUGAAGUUGCAACUAGUCGAAUCCACCGAUCGUGUAGUCCCUGCCACUCUUCUAUCGCAAAUUUCUGUGCUCCUUCCCAUCUUGCAAGAAGACCCUACACCUAUUACAACCCUCGGAAUCAGAGCUACCGCCUACUUCACCUUCACCGAUCUCCAAGCUGUCGAUCCUCCGAUCAAUCUUGUCGCUGGCUUCAAGGCCCCAUCACCACCAAUCAAUCUCUUAGCUCUUUCACUAUUAGCUAAAGCUGGGCAAAAAUACAGUGAAGCUGCCAUAGUGGCAGGUGAUUCAGACUUGGUGGCUUCGCUCGUCGAGCUAUGGCUUUCAACAUCUUCGGGCGAAGUUGCACAGGCUGCACUCGACACAUUAUGGGCGCUUUUGGAGGUCGACGUUGCUAAUCACCUGGAAAAUGGAGAAUAUGAGCACACUGGUGACGAGAGUUAUGCCGGACAGGGGCUCUUGUGGAGGAGGCUAUUCACCGAUAAGGAUGUCUACGGUCUGUUGUUCGGACUAUGUAGCCUCCAAAGUGAUGCACCCGGUGGUCUUUCUAAACGCGAAAGAACGCUCGCACAGGGCAGACUAAUGACACUCUUGGCGAAAGCCGGAAAACUACGCUGGGACAUCAUCUCAACAGCCCAAGUACCGGAGAUCGAGGCUAAAUACCAGAGCAGUAGUCUUCUGCAUUUUGCAACCUGUCAUAUGGUCCAAGUGACCGAUGUCUUGAUGCACAUGACGCUGCUCAACUUCUUCCGCGAGCUGCUAGAGAUCGAUGGACCGGGCCUCGUCGCUCGCAGCUCUGUGCAGUCUAGUUCCACUUUCUCGUCCCCUGCCCUCGACUUCCUUGUCGAACACAAACUGCAUUCCCAAGUGCUGACUUAUUACCUUGAUGAGUCCAAGCUGGACUCGGUGGAUCUUCUCUACCUAUCUGGCCCAGUGAUGGCAUAUGUGGCUCGGUACGCCGAGAUGUAUCCCAACCACUUGUUGCAGAACCCUUCUACCCUACUUGAUGGGAUUAUCUCCCGCAUCAACAGAUCUCUCGCUAUUCCUAGCGCGCAAUGGGCACAUGGUGAAGUACCCACAGGUCACCUUGCUAUUUUAGCUUCACUCCCCCGAGUGCUUCUCGUAGAAGCGGGCAAACAUGGUGCCAACCCGGUUCUCGCAAUUCCCACAAACCCUCCCAACAGCGAAGCUCUAGAUGUUCUGGCAAAAGUUUUCCACGGACCUCAGCGAACUGGGGUUUCCGAUUCAAUGAAUUUGAACACAUCCGGCUCAACUCCAACUGACUGGGAACGCGAAGCAGCUGCAGCGCGCAUCCUCUACUUCCUCUAUGUGAACCAAAACCCCACUUUCUGGGACAAUGUCGUAGGGGCUGCCGACGUGCUAGUGAUGAAAGAUGUUGCGUUGUCGGCCAUCAAUUUUAUGAAGGCUAUUACAACAGCGAACUGGAAACCUUCGCCUUCAGCACCUGUUAAUCCGUCACGGUUCCAGCUGCCCUCCGAAGAGGGUCUGGGUCAGUUGUCUCCAGCCACUAAUGGAUUUUUCCCCACGUCAGGAGCAUGGGCAGCUCUCACCCCGCCUGCCCUGACUACCCUUCUUCCAUAUCUUUUUAAGCCACCUCGCACUUACGCAGACUUCGUCGGGGGUGGUGCAGGUGAUUCCCAGAGUGUCGUUUGGAAAGUUGCCACUGCGAAACAUGAUGUCCUCGUCGCGUUGUAUAGCCGGUUGCAAGAAACUGAUGGCCAGAUGGAAGGGUUCGAAGAUAUCAUGCAAACGUUACAACAGCGCGUGAACCAGGGUCCCUGGGGACCUGUGCAAUCUGGCGGGACUCAGGUAGUGACUGCCGGACUAUGA